ACAUAGCACAAAUUAGGGUUAGGGCAAAAUUCGAAAAGGGAAGAUGAUGAAGAACACAGAGGAGGAGGAUGCGAUCAUCUCGACGAAGAAGCAGCAGCUCAUGCAUGCUCCUAACGCGGAAAACAGCGUCGUAUUGGACCAACCGAGAGGAGUAGCACUUUCGGAAGCAACAAUAGCAUAUAAAUUGAGGAAAAGGAAGAAGAGUAGGAAGAAGAAGAAGUUGGAAUCUGGCGUUCAGAAUGUAGCUUGUAAAUCUCAAAGGGAUUUUUUAGUUCAAGAAGAGGUUGUGGAGCCUAUGGAAGCCGGCACUGUUCUGGUGAGUGACAAUCAGCCCGUUUGGAGUGGAGUCGCACUUUCAGAAGCAAUGGAAGAAUAUAGUGAGGGGGAAAAGUCUCAGAAAAAUAUGAGGAAAAGGAAGAGGAGGAAGAAGUUGGAAUCUAGUGUUCAGAAGGUAGCUUGUAAAUCUCAAAGGGCUUUUUUAGUUCAAGAAGAGGGUGUGGAUGAGACUAUCAAAGGCACAGAGAAAAUGGAGCCUACAGAAGCCGGCACUGUUCAGGUGAGUGACAAUCAGCCCGUUUGGAUGCAAAUAAAAAAGCACUUCUUGGAACUUAUUUAGUACUUUUUGAAGUAGAUAUGCUGCAAUAAGCUGUUAUAAGUUGGUAUCCAAACAGACCCAUGUUGUUCUGCCAAAGUUGCUUGUGAAUUGAAUAUUUGCUCUAAAAUGUUAAGUUAAAAUGCUAUGUAAUAGUGUAUAAUGUAUAGUUGUUCUAAGUUCAGCAGUGUUAGUUAUACAACUUCUAUGAGCUGGCAGAGUCAGUUACAAGGUGAUAGGCCUAUAUGUAUAUAUAUCAGUUGUAAUCAAUUCAUCAGUUAUCAAUAACAGAAUAUGAAAUUCAGUUACAUCUCUCUCUGUCUUUCUCUUCUUCUCAUAUGGUAUCAAGAGCUUGAAACUAAGAAGCUAUGGUCACCGCCAGUUCUCAACCGAUUCCGCCGCAUUCGCAUAUCAGAGUUGCUCUGCUCAACUCUGCGUCUGUCACAUCAGAGUAUCUUCUAAACAAGUUCGUCUGCUUUUACUCAUUCAAAUUGCCGAAAAGUUUUCAGAAAUGAAACUUUUACUCUGUAAGUAGCAAAUCGAAUCAGUGAUUACUGGUCACAGUCUUACUCUUCUUCUCGUUCAUCCUAUGAUUCCACCUUGAUUUGCGACUGAAGCAGAUCCUACUGCUGGAAUUCUUAGUUUAGUGUAUCUUUUGUGGGAGAAGCAGGACGCUCUUCUUCUUUCUUGGCUGUAAUCUACAAUCUCAGCACCAAUUCUAACCAAGAUGGUUUGUUGCAAGCGCUCCUUUGAACUUUGGGAUAGUUUGCACACCUAUGUUCAUGCCCAAAUUCAAGCGAAACCCUUACAACGUCGCACAUAACUGCACAAUUCUUCUCUUGGUUCUCGAACAGUUGCUGAAUAUUUGAUGUGAAUCAAGUCAAUUACUGAUCCACCACGGUCAAUUGGUGAUCCUGUUUCUGCAAAGGAGCAAGCAGAAAUCAUCUUAGAAGGAUUUCCUACUAAAUACGAGUCUCUGGUGAAUCUCAUUCAUAUGAGUGACAAAUUUCAGGCUUUGUCUUUGGAUGAAAUUGAAUCUCUUCUUCGGGAUCAAGAGGCUCGAAUUGAGUGCUAUAGGAAAUUUCUGACUGAGAUUUGAGUCAAUCUUACCUAAACACUUGAAAAUCAGGGUUCUUCCUCUGCCAACACAUAUGCUCCUGCUCCAGUACACUCUGCAGAGGCUAGUCAUGAUGGUUAUUCCAAUUUUAAUGGCAAGAGAUGUGGUGGAAAAGGUUGAGGCAGAGGUUAUGGUGUGCAGUGUCAAGUGUGUCUUCCAACAGGACAUACAGCCUCUGUCUGUUAUCACAGGUUUGAUAAAACCUUUUACCUUUGUACAAAAUCCUUAUCCCAACAAUGGAGUAUUUAAAAAAAAAAAAAACAAUGGAGGUUCUUCUCAUACUUCAUAGUGGAAUGCAUGUCAAUUUUUUUGGAAUAAUGGACAAUCUCAGUGGGAUUCUGGUCCUAUGCAGUGGAAUUUUGGUCAGCCUCAGCGGAAUGAAUCUUCUUCUUCACAACAGUGGCUUCCUGGUCAAUCUCAGUGGCGGGGUACACAAGCUGCUCGACCUGCCUUUCCACCUUUGAAUCCUCCACCCUUGCCAAACACAAUGCCACCAGUUCAGUCACUCCAAUCUCUAUAUCACAUGCUGUUUUAUUUCAAGAAGAGGCUGUGAAGACUAUCAAAGGCACAUAGAAAAUGGAGCAUACGGAAGCAGGCACUGUUCAGGCUGUUUUAUUUCAAGAAGAGGCUGUUGAGACUAUCAAAGGCACACAAAAAAUGGAGCCUUCGGAAGCAGGCACUGUUCAGAUGAGUGACAAUGUGGUUCUGCGAAAGUUGCUUCGGGGUCCGAGGUAUUAUGAUCCUCCGGCAGACUGUGGUUGGGAAACAUGCUAUAAUUGCGGUGAAGAAGGCCAUGCUACUGUUAAGUGUGCAGCCGCUAAGGAGCUGAAGAAACCUUGCUAUCUAUGUGGCAGUUUGAUGCAUCAAGCUAAGCGUUGCAAAAAGGAACGAGAUUGCAUUAUCUGCAGGAAAGUUGGCCACCCUGUUAAAAACUGUCGAAGGACGCACAUGGGUGAUUCAAUAUGCUUGAGGUGUCGAAUUUCUGGGCAUGAUAUGUUUUCAUGCGGAAAUUUUUAUUCAAUGUACGAUCUCAAGGAAAUCCAAUGCUAUGUCUGCAAGAGCUUUGGUCAUUUAUGUUGUGCCAAUACUACAGGUUCUACACCAAUAGAAAUUUCUUGUUACAAAUGUGGUCAAACUGGUCAUACUGGUUUGUCAUGUUCAGGGGAAGAACUUUUUUACCGAGAAUGCUGGAGUAAUGGUCAGGUGCAAUAUGUGAAAGUAAAAGAGGAGGUAAGAAAGAGGGGACAUACAUUAUCAAACACAGAAAGUCCAACAUUCCAGAAAGAGAAUGGCUACAUGGGAGAUAGGUCUGCACCUCAUGAUAUGGGCAUGCCUUAUAUGGAGAAAAAGCCUUUGACAGAAGAAAGAGCCAUUACAACUCAACAGCCAUCAAAGCAUAGAGGUGGUUGUAGGGUAGAGCAUCUUGAUGAAAUGUCUCCUUCAGAAUCCAAAAGGAACAAUUGGAUGUCUCCAAUAACACCUUCAACGAAUUAGCAGUGGAAGGCACACUCCAGGUUCUAUAUCUGCUAAUAUAUGGAAGGUUUAUGGUAUAACAUCCCCUAAUUCAGGAGGAUCAGGCAAGACUUUCCAUCAUAGGUUCUCAGCAUCUAGGUUUGGUGACUCUGGUAGUAAUGGAUGUCUUCAGUUACACAUUCAACGAAAGUUACUAAGAUUCAUUCUUUUAGCAGUGUAAGGCACAAUCCAAGUUCUAAAUCUUCUAACACAUAGACGGUUUAUGAUAUAACUCCCCUUAUUCAGGAGGAUCAGGCAAUGCUUUUCAUCACAGGUUCUCAACAUCUAGGGAUUGGAGAGUCAGAGAAGUUACAACAGGUGGUAGCUUUCCAGAAUUCUGGUUUAUAAUCACUAUCAUGCCAUUUGUAACCAACCAAGUCACCCUCAUAUUCAAGUUUGUGAAUUUAUAUUCAUUCUUCCUUUUCAGUUAUUGAUCGGUUGCAUUGGCGUCAAGUAAUCCAUAUAGUUGUCCUCUGGGAUAAGUCUUUUGUUGUUGUCUUUUCAGUUAUCCUUUCUACAAUUUUGUGAAAAUUCUCAGUACUAUCGUUCUUUGAA